AUGUCCACAUUUAUUCAGCUAGGGAUCUUCCUCGUUCUGAUGAUCCAUCCAGGCGAUCCGAGAUUGGGCUCCAAUUCUACCCUGUUGCUGGAAACGCAUAAAAUUUCGGCGGCGGACACGAUCCUGGAUCUCGUUCGAAAUAUGUUCCCAGACAAUAUUGUCAGUGCAUCAUUCGAACGUUCUCAAACGGUUCAAAGGACCAGUGCAACACCAAUGGCUAACGGCACUGUGGAAGAGAUCAGAAAGGAGGUUUCCGAACAGCGAGGAAUGAACAUAAUAGUUUGUAUUGGAUUCGGCAUAGUGACGUCUUACUAUGCAGAAAAGGUACGAGUAAUUGUGGAGUUCUUUGUGGCACUGGACAAAAUCAUUAUGAAACUGAUGCUCUCCGUGAUGUGGUUUGCGCCUCUUGGCAUCACGAGUUUAAUAGGCGGUAGUCUUUUGGAGCUGGACGACAUAUGGUUAGCAGCGGGAGCGAUGUCAAAAUACGUUCUUACUAUACUUACUGGACUACUGAUACAUUCGUUCAUAAUUAUACCAGUUUUGUACUUUCUGCUCACGAGGAAGAAUCCCAUCAAGAUUUUUAAGUGUAUGCGACAAGCAGGUGCUGCAGCCAUGGGCACUGCGUCGUCUGGAGCUGCUCUACCGUUGUCCAUCAAGGGAAUGGAGGAGGAAGGUGGUGUGGAUGAACGUGUGACACGAUUUGUUUUACCUCUCGGAGCGAACAUCAAUAUGGUCCACCAAGUUCAAUUGCGGGUUGAUCAGAUAGUCACGAUAAGCAUCACAGCAACAAUAGCGUCUCUUGGCUUGAACUCAGUGCCAGCCGGUCUUGUUUCCAUCAUUCUCAUACUGAGCACCGUUGGUCUACCUUCAACCGAACUGCCACUGCUAUUCGCGGUCGACUGGAUGCUGUAA